AUAUCUCGCGACCUGUGGUCUGUCACUGGUGAAUACAAACUCAUCAGAAGUCUUAGUUCAGGCUCUCGGAUGUGCCGAGGGCGAAGGCGCGCGACCCAACUCGACGGGUCUCAUCGCUGACCAUGGUGAGCGCCAAAAGGCACAAGCGGUCUGGGUUGAUGAACCCGGUUGUCGACGCAUAAUUUCUUGGCGCUUGAGCAUAUCCAGGGUUUUGGGUCCACUCCGUUCUAGCUCUAGCGGUAGCUGGAAGGCCGCACUCUCGGCCUCCAGACCACACGCCAGUCGCACGCACCUCCCUCCACACGCCAGUCGCACGCACCUCCCUCCACCUUCGCGCCUUUGGUAUGGGGCACAAACGCCUCUGCGCCCGCGCUACUCACAUACAUACCCUAUCCUUCCCCCUCACCCCUGCAGGACGUGACUUCUUCAUCCUAGAGCUCAGCCGCGGCGGCCGCGUGCGCACACGGCUCGGCGGUCGCCACGUGGGGCAGGGGCGGUACCUGUUCCCCGAAUGGAACCAUGUGUCUCCCGGCGCAUGGAACGCCACUUUCCUGCUGUGGGCCACCGCCCGCCGAGACCUCCUGCAAGGCGCGCUGGCACAUGCGCCGGAGGAUGCUGUGGUGGCGGCGGGAAAGCAGGAGGAUGCGACGGCGCAGGUGCAGCAACGCAGCCCGGCUGCUGAGCCGCGGCAGCAGCCGCACCGCCUGCCGCCGGGCUUCAACGCGCUGCUCCACACCAACUACCUGUGGCAGCUGCAGCACUGGUAUGUGGAGACCACGCCUCGGAGGCCGCCUGUGCUCACGGCGCAGCUGCACAAGGGGGGACAGGAGGACGGCAGGAGCCCACUCACUGUCGCGGCAGGCAAUCCUCAGCCCCGUACGUCGUUGUCCAUGCUUUCCUCAGAAGCUGGGGCGGCGGGUAAGAGUCCUGCUUCUGCCAGUGCUCUGCUGAAGCAGCACAGGCAGCAUCAGCACCAGCAGCACCAGCGCCGUACCAGCAGCCGGCGGCGGCAUGCGCACAGGAGGCGGCUUCAGGAGUCUGCUGGUGCUGGGGCUGGGGCUGGUGGUGAUGACGCACCAACCUCAGACGGCAUGGCUGCCGCGGCUACAAACCCCAGCAUGUGCACUGAAAUGCACAAUAGCAGCCGUGGCAGCAGCAGCAACAGCAGUAGCAGCAGCGCUGGCUGUAGCAGCAGCAAGCGCACAGCCAUAAGCAGGCCGCUGUGCACGGCGGGCGCUGCCAAGGGCGAGUGGGUGCGGCUACCGGAGGGCGCCCGGGACUGCCCGCCGGGCGUGUGCCGGGGCCCACUGUCGCCCCUUCUGUACGGCAGUCCGGACAAUGUGGCCAUGGACUUCCACGAUGUGUAUGUGCCGUACAGCUGCCGGUACAGGCUGUACACGCCCGAUGAGGCGGCGGCCUGCCUCAGCGCCACUCGGCUGGUGGUGCUGGGUGACUCGAGAGCGCACGAGCUGCAGUGGUACCUGUCUAUGCACUACCCCGGCGUGCACGCGCACCACCACCUGCUACUGCCGUACCGUGUGGGCAUUCGCGCCCUGCUGGCGGCCGAGGCAGCGGCACUGGACAGCCGACUGGCGGCCGCGGCCCUUGGCGGCGGUGCAGGUGGAGGAGAUGGCGGUGGGCCAUCGGCUGGCACGGCGGAGCAGCAGGCUGUUGCUGGCACCACCACCACGGCCCCGGCCCCGGUGCCGACGCUGCGGGAGCUGAUGAGCGGCUAUGAUGUGUUGGUGCUGUCCUCAGAGCUCCACGACAUUGCGGACUACGAGCACGCUGCCGCGGACUACCUCCAGCCCUACGGACUGGACCCGGGGCUACCCGGCCUACGGGUGUCAGUGGCCGCAGUCACCAACAGCACCACCAACACAACUCACAACGCAACCCGCCCCGAUAGCUUGGCAACGCACCGAAGCAGCACGGGACGUGCCGCCGAGGCACUGCACCCCGGAGGUGCGCCGGUGGGGGCGCAAUGCGCGCCCGACACGCCGGAGCGCGCGCAGCUGCCCAAGUGGCGCCCGGUGGCGCAGUACCUAGACGCCCUGAGCGAGCUGGUCACGCGCUACGAAGAGCUGCGUGCUGAGCUGCAGCAGGCCGGCCUGCUGCGCGUGCGGCGCGUGCUGUGGCUCCUGCCCGGCUACCGGCCCGCCGCCACGCCCACCUGCCUGCCCAACCAGCUGGAGCGCAUGCUGUGCCUCCAGGAGUGGGAGGUGGCACAGGUGGCGGGGCGGGCGGGCUGGGAGGUGCUGGACAUGGGUACCAUGGCGCAGGACGGCCCCGCGGCCUGGUGGAGCGACGACGUGCAUGUGUCUGGCGCAAGGUCGGGUCGCAAGCGGACCCACAGCGGGCUGCAGGUGAUGCAGCUGCAAGCGCUCUUCAACGUGCUGUGCAACCCGCAGCAGGAGUAGUGUGUGGACUAGUGGUGGGAUUGGGCACGUACAUAGGGCAGCAGGUGGUUUGGGCGGGGCGGACAGUGACGAAUUGGACAGACAUGAUCAGCGGACUGGUGUGGACUGGCAGGCCUUGGUUCCUCCCCGGGCCAUGCAUGUUGCAAUUGAUGCGAUGUUGAAGCCGCAGGUGGGGGCGUAGCAUAGUGAUCCGCUGGGCCUUACGAAAUGCAGGUGUAGGCGCGCACGGUAACUGAGUUGGUCAAAGUAUUGGUG